AACACCAACGAAGAAGACGUCAACGGAUAAUGGUUUGAAGCUCACUGAUGGAAACGCGCUUCAUGGAAACAAGUCUAGAUAUUUAAUUCCUAUCAGCGGAGAAGGUAGGAUUAAGGUUUCCUUCAUGGCUGCUCCAACGUUACAGCAGCCCAGUUUCCUGCUGGCUAAUCUGAAAGCGGAUUCCACCACCAAACCUCUCCUCCAGCGAUGCCAAGAUCUGGUGAAAAUCAUCGACGAUUAUCCAGCAAAGGAGCUGCACGUCAUCUUCCCCUGGCUGGUGGAGACGGUGUUCGGCAGUCUUGACGGGAUCUUGGGCGGCUGGAACCUCCGACUGCUGCAGGCGAGAAGCAACGAGUACAACAUCGCCCUGGAGUUCCUCAACCCGAGCGGGCCGAUGAUGAAGCUGGUGUACAAACUUCAAGCAGAGGAGUACAAAUAUGAAAUACCUGUCAACUAUCUCCCGGGUCCAGUGAAGGCGUGCAUCCAGCAGGGCGUCCUCCCAGAAUGCCCUCUGUUCCACAACAAGCUGCAGUUCCCCCUCAGCGGACUCCUCUCUCUGAACCUCGCCCUCAAUCCCUUUGAGUUCUUCAUGUUUAACUUCGCCUUCUGCCUCAUCACACCAAAGAUGGCUCCUCCCGGUCAGCACGGCAGCUCCACGGACAGUGCCUACUUUGUGCUGGUGGACACUUACCUCAAAUACUUCCUCCCCAGUGAAGGAAGCGUCCCCCCCUCACCUUUCUCCGACUCCAGAGGCUCCGUCACUGCACCCUCACCCAGAUCGACGAGCGUUUCCUUCGCCGGUUAUGGCGUCCACAGCCCGAGUCUCCUGAAGCAUCACAUCUUCCACCAGCCGUCAGUGAACGCUGACCCGGCGGCGCAGGAGAUCUGGAGGUCCGAGACUCUGCUGCAGAUGUUCGUGGAGGUCUGGCUCCAUCACUACUCGUUAGAGAUGUAUCAGAAGCUGCAGUCUCCUCAGGUAAAGCUGGCGCUGCUGCAGUACCGCCUCAGUAUGUCCAGCAUGCCGAGCCAACCCUUGGCCCCACCAGGCUCUGGGACCCUCAACACCUACCAAGUACUUUUACCUUUUCAUUCUCCACCGCCCCUCUGGGAUCUCCUGGAGGAGCCGUUCAGCCCGACGGAGGAGCACGUGUUGGUGGUUCGUCUGCUGGUCAAACACCUGCACGCCUUCUCCAACAGCCUGAAGCCGGAGCAGCUGUCCUCCUCCCCCCCAGCCCACUCCCACACUCACACCAGCCCUCUGGAGGAGUUCAAGAGAGUGGUGGUGCAGCGCUUUGUGCAGCAGAAGCUCUACCUGUUCCUGCAGCACUGCUUCGGUCACUGGCCUCUGGACGCCUCCUUCAGAGCGGUGUUGGAGACGUGGCUGAGCUACAUCCAGCCGUGGAGAUACACCGGAGAGAAGAUCAACCCUCAGGCCGACCAGAACAGAACGGUCCCGGACAAAUGGGAGUCGUUUGUGCAGGAGAACCUGCUGAUGUACACCAAGCUCUUCCAGGUUCUGCUGAACCGAGCCGUCAGGACCGAUCUGGUCAACGCCAAAAACGCUCUGAUGGUUUUCAGAGUCGCCAAAGUGUUCGCUCAGCCAAACCUCGCUGACAUGAUCCAGAAAGGAGAGCAGCUGUUUCUGGAGCCCGAGCACGUCCUGCACCACCGGCAGCCCCGCGGCUAUCUGACGCCCAAUCAGGGCGGCAGCUUCCUGUCGUCACGGCAGCGCGUGGUGACCGACAUGGUGUUCAGGGUGAAGAGCCACGUCUACGCUCUGGAGGGCCAGGACUGCCAGUACAAGCAGAUGUUCGGCUCCGAGCUCAGAGGAGCGGUCAUGAAGUUGAUCCAAAUAAUUGCUCAGGCCAGACAGACGGCCAAGAGGAUCUCGGAUCACUCCAACGAGGUGGCGGCCAACAAUUCAUUCCUGUCGUGGUUCGGGAUGGGCUCCUCGGAUCUGAACAACACGUUUCCCGGGGCCGAUCCCGAGGAGAGCGGCGAGUGUUUGAAGAAAACCCACGAGUUCCUGGACCGAGCGCUGGAGCACCUGUGUCAAAUCUUCAAGCUGAACCAGGGUCAGCUGACUCAGCUCAUUGCCACGCUCGGCUCCUGUCAGGACGACGGGAACAACAAACAGCUGCCGGACUGCAUCCAGGGAGAGAAGGGACUCAUUCUGACCGACCUGGGCCGGCAGCAGAUCAUCAGCGGCCAGCGGCGGUUUGACAUCCAAUACCAGGGAGACCCGGAGCUGCAGCCAAUCAGGAGCUACGAGAGCGCACUGCUGGUCCGCCUCCUCUACAGGAUCUCCAAUCUCAUCAACCACAGGUUUGGAGGGCACAUAAACGCCCUCUGCUCCCGUCCGGACUUCCUGGGUCGCCUGGGUCGUCACUUCCUGUCGGACCCGGACUCCUCCCCCUCGCGGCUGAAGCAGAGCCCGUUGACGCGGCGGACGUUGGAGCGUCAGCGGCGUCCUCGGCUGAGCCUGCGCCCGCUGGCCAGCUACCGGACGCUGCUGCUGCUGCUGCUGCUCUACGGGCUCGGGGCGCUGCUGGCCUUCGGCCCCGCGGCCAGCUCCCUCCUCAUCCUCGCCGGGGGCUUCCUGUACGGACUGCUGAUGACGCUGCUCGCAGACAAACUGAAAACACAUUAGCCGAGCCGUGCCUUUCACACACACACACACACACACACACACACACACACACACACACACACACACACACACACACACACACACACACAGCUGAAACAGGAACAGGUCAUUGUUUUGAUGCGUGGAAAUGAUGUAUGAUGAGUAACGUGUGUAACGGCUGCAGCUAAAUGUUAUUUUUUUACCUUUUUAGUAAUCUUUCGGACUAUAGAACAUCAGAAAACUGUUUGAAAGUCCAGAAGGAAGUCAUCAAAUCUCUUGAUUUCCAACCAACCGUCUAAAGCACUCAAAAUAUUCACGUCUUAAAAUGAAAAACACAAGA